CGCGCUAGCUCCGCCCGUGUGUCUCCAGUCAGCCCUCAUUCAAAACAGAACACAGCUGUUGCGAGGCGCAGCGUCGUGUCCUGCACGUUAGCCCACAAACUGUUAGCUGUCUGCUGCUGCUGUGUUCUGAUAUACCCACUGGAAUAUCAGAAGAAGAAAACGGCGCACUUCGACAGCAGCAGGAUCCUGCCUCAGAGAAAGACGGGACUCGAUAGACCGAGACGGCAAUACAGAACAACAGGCUAACCUCACCUGUAACACCAUGCACAUCUGACACACAACUCAGGGCCGGGCGGGCUUUGCUGCAGCUGAGGAUGAUGAAUGGUCUGGUGCGCUAGAGCUAGAUGGUGUGCGAAUGAUGGACCUCCCUAAUGGCCAAUCAAGCAUCACCACCACCGCUGCAACGGUCUCUGAGAAGAGCAGCAGCUCCGAGUCUCUCAGCGAUAAGGGUUCUUCGGACCUGAAGAAGAGUUUUGAUGCUGUUGUGUUCGAUGUGCUGAAGGUCACUCCCGAAGAAUAUGCAGGCCAGAUUACGCUCAUGGAUGCUCCUGUGUUCAAAGCCAUCCAGCCAGAGGAGCUGUCGAGCUGCGGCUGGAACAAGAAGGAGAAGCACAGCUCUGCUCCAAAUGUUGUGGCCUUCACUCGCAGGUUCAACCAGACGAGUUUCUGGGUGGUACGAGAGAUCCUCCAUGCGCAGACGUUGAAGAUCCGAGCUGAGGUGCUGAGUCUGUACAUUCGCACUGCCAAGAAACUAUGUGACAUGAACAACCUCCAUGCGGUCAUGGCUGUCGUGUCAGCGUUACAAAGUGCCCCCAUCUUCAGGCUUACCAAAACAUGGGCGUUACUGAGUCGGAAGGACAAGGCAACGUUUGAUCGCCUCGACUACCUGAUGUCCAAAGAAGACAACUAUAAACGUCUGAGAGACUUCAUAAGCAGCCAGAGCAUGGUCUCCUGUAUACCAUACCUAGGGAUGUACCUGUCCGAUCUGACAUAUAUAGACUCAGCCUACCCCUCCACGGGCAGCAUACUGGAGAACGAACAGAGAUCAAACCUGAUGAACAAUAUUCUCAGAAUCAUAUCGGACCUGCAAAGAUCCUGUACCUACGAUGUAACAGUGUUGCUUCAUGUACAGAAGUAUCUGAACUCCGUCAGGUACAUCGAGGAGCUGCAGAAGUUUGUGGAGGACGACAAUUACAAGUUGUCACAGAAGAUUGAGCCAGGCACCAGCACACCACGAGCAAACGCCUCCAAAGAGGAUAUUGUCGGCCAGGAAGCGUCAGCAUCUCCUCUCUGCGGCCGUAAAUGUACGGUAGCAGCUGAAGGAACCAAAGUCCCGGCCACACCGCCCUCCCCCAGGAACCUGCUGCCCUACGGACACAGGAAGUGCCACAGCCUGGGCUACAAUUUCAUCCACAAGAUGAAUACUGUAGAGUUUAAAAGCGCUACGUUCCCCAAUGCUGGUUCUCGCCACCUGUUGGACGAUAGUGUGAUGGAGAGCCACAGUCCCACCAGGGGGCAAGCAGAGAGCUCAACUCUGUCCAGUGGUAUUUCACUUGGUAGCAGCGAGGGCUCUGAGCUCAGUGAAGAGGUGUCCUGGCCAGCUUUUGAGAGGACUCGGUUCUAUCACUCUCUGGGCCCAGUCACCCGUGUGGCCCGCAUCCCCUACAGAGGAGUCCUGAGGCCCAGCAGCUCAGCGGAGUCGGAGGAGCUCGCAGUUCACUUGUACCCUGGAGCAGUCACAGUGCAGGGGGUGUUGAGACGGAAGACUGUGCUCAAGGAGGGCAAGAAACCAACAGUGGCGUCGUGGACCAAAUACUGGGUCGCUCUGUGCGGAACCCAGCUCUACUACUACACCGCCAAGUCCCUGAAGGCCACUGAGAGAAAACAUUUCAAGUCGACGUCCAGUAAGAGCGUGUGUGUAGUGGGUCUCAUGGCCAUGAUGGCUGACGAUCCCGAGCAUCCUGAUGUCUUCUUGCUGACGGACUCCGAGCAAGGUAACACCUACAAGUACCAAGCAGGGAACAGAAUGAACGCAUUGCUCUGGUUCAAACAUCUGAGCGCUGCCUGCCAGAGCAAUAGGCAACAGGUGCCAGCCAAUCUGAUGUCAUUCGAGUGACCGAUGCUGAGGAGUGUAACUGAGCAAAGGGAGAGAGGGAUGAGAAAACGGACGAGGAGGAUGAGGAGGAGUAUCGAUGACUCCGUAGUGGGAGCUUUCACUGCCAUGAGCCCUGACCGCCGAUUCUCCGAUUCUAACCCCGGCCUCACUGCAGCCUCACCUACCGCCACUGCCUUAACCAGUACUGUGUGUGUGUGUGUGUGCGUGUGUGUGCGUGUGUGUGUGCGUGUGUGUGUGUGCGUGUGUGUGCG